CAGUUCACCAACAUCCCAACCGCCAAAAUCCCUAAAUUCACUCCGGCAUGCCCGUAUUUUUCUGCACCGAGUAAAAGCUCUCAUCGUUAUCAUCGAAAAAUUUCGCGGAUUUCUCACGGAUUUGCAGCUACAACAUGUCUAAACGGGUUCUCUGCAAAUUCUUUGCUCAUGGUGCAUGUCUAAAAGGGGAACACUGUGAGUAUUCACAUGAUUGGAAGGCCCCACCUAAUAAUAUAUGUACGUUUUACCAGAAAGGAGCUUGUGCUUAUGGCACUCGUUGUAGAUAUGAUCACGUCAAAGUUUCUCAGUUACAGUCGCCAGCUUCAUCAUCAUCAGCAGAUCUUUCUUCCACCACAGCUGCGACAUUAGUCUCCGGUGCUACCACUGGUGUUAGUUUUGAACAUUCAGCUUCUAACUUACCAGUUCAUCCUCCUUUUACACCAGCAUGGGGAGAGAAUUCUGGGAAUUCUGAUACUCUACAAGGUGAUGAUGAUUUGGCAGACUUUAGGGAUGUAGAUCCUGCUGACCAACCAAUAUGCUCUUUUGCUGCUGCCGGGGAAUGUCCACAUGGUGUGAGUUGCCAUCGAGUUCAUGGGGAUGUUUGUCCUACCUGCAGGAAGCAUUGCUUGCAUCCUUUUAGGCCUCAAGAGAGAGAAGAACACAUGAAAACAUGUGAAAAGAGACAAAAACACUUAGAAGCAUUGACACAUAGUCAAGAAAUAGAAUGCAGUGUUUGUCUUGAGAAGAUCCUCUCAAAACCUACGGCAGCUGAACGUAAAUUUGGGAUAUUGUCAGAGUGCGAUCAUCCAUUUUGUGUAUCAUGCAUCAGGAAUUGGCGUAGUACUUCACGGUCAUCUGGCAUGGAUGCUAAUCCUGCAUUAAGAUCAUGCCCUAUAUGUAGGAAACUUUCAUAUUUUGUGAUUCCAAGUGUAAUUUGGUAUUCCUCUAAAGACGAUAAGCAAGAAAUUGUUGACAGUUACAAGUCCAAGCUGAGAUCUAUUGAUUGCAGGCACUUUGACUACGGGAAUGGGACCUGCCCAUUUGGCACGAGUUGUUUUUAUAAGCAUGCAUAUCGUGAUGGUCGUCUUGAGGAAGUUGUCCUCCGCCAUCUUGGAGCUGAAGAUGGAAAUACCGUAAUUGCCAAAGAUAUUAGGCUCUCCGAUUUUCUUAGUAAUAUGUGGAUAAGAUGACCAACGCAUUAAGAGAUCUAGAGACUGCUCUCAGGCUGGUCUCCAAUAUCAAUGAUUGCUCGGUCAUUGCACUCACAACUUGUAAUAUUUUCCUGUGCUACGGCUUGAAAUCAUCAAGUAAAUGACUUAUAUAUAAACUGUACAUCUCAGGCUUUUUGUAUCAUUCUGGCAUGUGUCCAGCUAAAAACUACGAAGUUGAUGGAUCAAGAGUGCUUUUGCUAAG